UGAAGUUACUGACGUUGUCCCUGGAAAUAAACAAAUUAAAAACUCGACGGGGCGCUAACGUUUGGGUGACGUAAUAGCCUAUCCGUUGUCAUAAUUGCUCCUGCGGAACACUAUGGAACUUCAAAGUUACGGCAAAGUUUGGAAUGGGGUUUUUCCAAUCAAUAAAAGCUCGAUAUGGAAACGAAGCAGUUUCACUACUCAAACAAUGGGCCAGGCUCGGCAGCAAACUAUCAUCGUUUGGAAACAGGAAGAUAUUCUUACUCAAAUGCAGACAGACAGGGAUCAUACCGAGACACAUUACAGACGGGACCAGAAAUUUGGGCAUGCUUUUGGAUUUGACCGAUGGACAUAUGGGGGACCGCAUUCGGGAUUUCAAUACCAGGUUGAAUAACAAAUUAAUUAAUUUAGAAAUAUCACUCACUAUUUCAACUAUCAAUCGUAUAGAAAAAUCACUGAAACAAGUAAGAGAGAAAGUUUUGACAUUGAUUCCGGGGGAUGUUGUUGACGAAUUUGGUAAAAGACAACAAGGGUCAUGUGAUAAAAAAUUCAAAACCAUCAAAAAAAAGAACAUAAACAAAUUUCAAAACUUGAAGUCGCAACAGCAUCACUUAACAAUCAAAACACAAGAUAAUUGGGUUAAGAAUAUUUCAGAGGUUGAGGUCCCGGAUGAUGUCUUGAGGUUUCUCUCUUUAGGUUCGAAAUUUUCCGUGCCACCAAGAUGCAAUGAAAUCUCAGUCAAACGUUUAAUUGCUGAUGUAGAAACUAUAAUUAAAGUUGUACCAGAGAACGCAAAAAAUACUGUAAGAGCUAAGUUUACUAAUGUAUUGACUAAUUUUUUAAAACAACCGGCAAAGCGUAGCUAUAUAGACAUUUUGUUAAAAAAGACAAAAAAAUUUUUUAAGGAUCACGCUGAGUUGGUCGUUUCUAGGGCCGAUAAAGGGAAUGUGACAGUUAUUAUGUCUAAAGAUACAUACAUUCAAAAAUCAAACGAAAUUCUGAUGGAUCGGACCUAUUACGAGCGUCUCAGAUGUGAUCCUACAUCUACUUACCAACAAAAAGCUAACAAACUUGUCAAAUCAUUAAAAGAUCAAAAACAAUUAACAAAUGAGGUAGCCAAAACUUUAAAUAUAUAUAAUCAAACUUGUCCUAAAUUUUAUGGCUUACCCAAAAUACAUAAACCCCAAUUGUCCUUAAGACCGAUAAUUUCAUCAAUUAAUGCUCCGAACAGUAAACUGGCUUCAUUGUUGACUCAGGUUUUAACCAAAGCAUAUAAUAAGAAUAAUGAUUAUUUCACAGGUGAUUCAUUUGAGUUUUCUUCAUUUAUCAAUGACAAACAAUUACCUAAUAAGUAUGUUCUUGUGAGCUUGGAUGUCGUCUCUUUAUUUAGUAAUAUUCCAUAUAAUUUGGUAGAAAAAAGUAUAAAAAAACAUUGGAACAGAAUUAGAAACCACACUGAUUUGUCACAAAUUAGUUUCCUAAAGAUACUUCAGUUUGUAUUUGAUACAACGUAUUUUAGAUUUAACAAUGAAUUUUACAAACAAAAAUUAGGUACACCGAUGGGUGCCAUCAUUUCUCCAAUAUUAGCUCAAUACGUUAUGGAUGACCUACUUGAGGUGUGCGUAGAUAAGCUGUCGUUUCAGUUACCAUUUCUGAAAAAAUAUGUGGAUGAUAUAAUUACUUCCAUACCUGAAAGUUGCGUGAGGGAAACUCUCACAGUGUUUAACAGCUAUGAUGCACACAUACAAUUUACAGUAGAGGAGGAAAUUGAUAAAAGCGUACCAUUUCUGGACACUAAAGUGAUCCGGAACAACGAUAACAAAAUUAUAUUAGAUUGGUACAUAAAACCGACCAGUUCGGGGAGAUAUAUGAAUUUCCACUCUUACCAUACAACGAAAACAAAAAUAAAUUUGGUCAUAGCAUUAAAGACACGAAUAGAGAGGAUUUCUCACCCAUCACUAAGACAAAAAAAUCUUAAUAAGCUUUACGACAUGCUGAUUAACAACUCAUACCCAAGUAGGUUAACUAAAAAAUUGUUAUAUAGCACGACCCCACUGAGAGCUCCAAACCCGCGGAACACGGUCGUCCACUCAGAUAGCCCAGAAAUGGACGAUCUGAGAUGUUUUUAUUUUUCAUUGCCAUACAUUAAAGAAUUAACGACCACACUCACAAAAAUUCUGAGAGCACAAACAAAUAUUAAGAUAGCAUAUAAACAAACAAAAACAUUGGGGAGUGUCUUUAGCAAACUAAAAGAUAAGGAUGAGGUACAAAAGAAUUCAGAAGUAAUUUAUAGCAUCCCCUGUAAUCAGUGUGAUCAGGUAUACAUAGGACAGACAUCGCGAGUACUUAAGGAUAGAAUUACGUCACACAAGAGUGAUUGCAGACUCAAUAAGAACACCUGUUCAUUAGCAACACACUCUAACCAAAUGGAUCACGAUGUUAACUUUGUUGAAACAAAAAUUCUCCAUAAAGAAAGCAACUACAACAAAAGAGCAAUUUUGGAAAUGGUGGAGAUCUUCUUGGAACCGAAAUCGGUCAAUAAAAGAUCUGACAUUGAUGGCCUCAGUGUGGUCUACUCUAAUGUCUUAACUUUACAACCAACCGUCAAUCGAAUUGCGUUUGCUGAUAAUAGUGUCGUCACAAUGUAAUUAUAAUUUAGAAAAAUAGUCCCAAGCCUCUAUACAUUAGGUGCCUUGUAAACAAAAAGGAGGUAACAAAAGGAAAAAAAAGAAGGGAAAAAAACUGGACGGCUGGCGGUAGUCAUAUUAAUAAAACCUUUCCAUCAUUUGCGUUUUGCGUUUGAAGUAAAAUUCGUUUAAAUAAAAUGUAACAACAAUUUCGUCUAGAUGGCUGCCCUCGGUUAUAAUAAUUAACGGUCGUAUUUGAUUCUUUCUGUUAUCCGGAUGAGUUUGGUGUUGGCCUAUAAUGGCACUGUAGCAGUAAGUACUUUAACUAGAAGACUUUAGUAUUAAAUAACUAAGAGCCGCUUUCAUAUUGUAGCCCCUGAAGAAGAAAAUAAACAUUUUCGAAAGCUUGGUGUAGCACAAAAGCCUUUUAUUUGAGCCCUCAUCAGGACCGAUACCCCAAUUAACUAAAAUUUGU